AUGCCGCCGAACUUUAAGGCGGCGCCUGAAUACGCGACAGCUAAAAUAGCGGUGUGGUGGGACAUGAAGGACUGUCCGAUUCCCGUAGGAUAUGAUGUUCGUCGGGUCCGUCCGAGUAUAGAAGGGGCGUUCAAGAAUCUAGGCUACUAUGGUCCUGUCUUCAUCACUGCCUAUGGCGACCAAACAAAAACCCCUGAUCAUGUCCUGCGAGGGCUCUCUUCCACUGGAGUCGCUGUUGCACAUGCCAGUUCCGAAAGGACAUGCGCACUCAUGUAUUCGGAUAUGGUGGAAUGGCGAGGUCACAAUCCUCCUCCGGCUACAAUAAUGUUCAUAUCCGAUCAGGUAUACGAUCGGGUGGAGGAUGAUGGCGUCUCUUUAGAUCUGGCCCGGCUACAACAAGAGACGCUAUACAACAUCUUUCUGACUUAUUCGGUUCGUACUAGAAUAUCAGUGCAAUCAGUGCUGCGAUUUUCUGAAGAGUGGGGCUGGGAUGAAUUACUAGGGUCGACCGCCAUGUUUAAUAAACAUGAAGAAGAAGAAGAAGAAGAAGAAAUUAUGAUCUCUGCUGCCAUGUUCUAUUGUAAAUCGUGCAAUUUCGAUAGCCAAAGCCUGAGGAAAUUCAGAAACCAUCUCUCGAGUAGAAAGCAUGAGGUUGAAAACCCUACCAAACGAGAACUUACCUUUGUAACAUCUGAUUGGGGAAGGAACUACCCGGCCAAGCCUGAAUACGCCACAGCUAAAAUAGUGGUGUGGUGGGACAUGGUGGACUGUCCCAUUCCGGAGGGUUUUGAUGCUACUCGGGUCCGUCCUAGUUUAGAAGAGGCGUUCAAGAACCUAGGCUACUCUGGUCCUGUUUCCAUCACUGCCUAUGGCGACCUAUCACAAAUCCCUUAUCAUCUCCUGCGAAGUCUCUCUUCCACUGGAGUCUCUCUUGCACAUGCCAUUGACAAACUCAGAUGUAAGAAAAUGUUGUCCGAUUUCUUGAAAUGGCGAGACCUUAAUCCUCCUCCAGCUACAUUGAUGAUCAUAUCCAAUAAUCUGGAAUACUUCUCAAAAUUUGUUGCCUUGAAUCAACAAAUUAGCAAAUACAACAUGUUCCUGGCUUAUUCAUAUAGGCCUUACAAAAUGUUAGCCCUGGUCACCUCUGCCGAGUGGCUCUGGGAAAGCUUACUGGCAGGGUUUCUGAGACAAGAAGACACGUUCUUCAGAGGUGCACUAGUCAAAGGGGUGAAUCUACCGGAAUGUUUGAUUGCAAAAUGUGCCGUUGAGUCUUGUAUUCAUGAGCGUAUUCGAUCCAGUCUACGCAUGUACCGCCUAGACCGCCGCCUAGCGAGAAUGUACCGAAAGUACCGCCUAGAGCAGGUAGAAGAUUUUCCAAAGAGCAAACGUUUGAGGAAAGCAUUCCGGACUGGUUUUCGUCCUUUUCAUAAUCAUUUACGUCUUACUAGGAGCUCGACGUCUUACUAA